AAGGCCAACAGAUCAACGAUGAUCGUCAGUAUCAAUUAAUUCACCACUGGAGCAAGCCAUUGCGUACCAUGGCCUUUACCGAUCGGGUACAAUUUUGCCUGACUUUCGUAUUGUUGACCUGGCAUGACGUCUUGGGAAUCACCGAUGGUCCGGCGGAGUUUCCUUCUCCUUCUCAAACAUCACCAUCUAACAACAAACUCAAGACAAGAUUUAUCGUUCAUUUGCAAGAAGAAGUCAUGAACGACAUUGAUGGUCUUUGGAAUAUCGUCAGGAAUGAGAGAGAAAAGCUGGAAUUACAACCUGUGAAACACGAGGAAGAGUAUUUCCUAAACUAUCAACGAAGCAUACUCAAACCAAAACUGGAAAAAAUGGAGAAGCUCUUUAACAUUUACCUAGUGGGUGCAAAUGUGUUCCGAUUACGCACGAUGGAUCUAAAGGUCUUGCCCAGUGCACCUGAGUGGGCCUCCAUUGCCAAAGAAAUAUGGACAGCCUACCAAAACUUUACAAAUAAGUUUGUUAAUGACCUUGACACACAUUGCAAAGCUAAAUAUGAGUUCUUGGCAUUGAAUACCCUUGGCCGAAUGAAUGGUGCGAUCAAAAGACUGAAUUCAUACAAGGAGCAAAAGCUUUACAACGAAAUACGAGGGGCCGCAAGGGGUCAUCAAUACAUCUGUUCCAUGGAACAAUCACCUCACCAGCUGAUCUACAAUUUAUACAACGUUAUUGCGCUCGCGGAAAUCAAAGGCUAUGCCAUGAUCCAAUUGAGCUAUAUGAUAUUGACGAUCAACAAAGACUAUAACUUCACAAUAGAAUCCGAGAGACAGAAGACGGCUUUUGAAAAUCAGGCCCAGGAAAAGCUCCUGGUGGCCAAUCGAGUCUUGGAGAAUAUGAGCACCAAAUAUUGGAAGUGUGAUCCCCUUCAACAUGAAGAGUCCCGGACCUUUAUCCGCAUGACCCAACUUUUACAGGGUAUCAUUGAAAACGAGGCAGAUAUACACCCAGGAGGCUCAUGCAAGGAUGAGUGUUCUGACUUCAUCACCGGGCACAAAAUCAGAAGAUGCACCCGAGAUCGCAUCUGUUCCCACCAAAAUCGAUGUGAAGGGGGUCGAGUCUACGAUUGCCAGUUUUUUGACCGGGAUGCGGAUGUUUGCUUCUCUGCCGAUCAAUACCGACGAUAUGACUACGUAAAAUACGAAGAUGGCACUCUCUUGGGCAAAUACGACCGAUGCCACAAUGGGCAAGAACAUAAGGUGGAUUCUUGGUGGCGUUUUCCAUACCAUUGUUCCAUGUGCGUUUGCAAAUGUGACGCUGAGGGUCCCACUUCGGAUCGAUAUUGGUCUUUGAAGACCCUGACAGCUGAUUUAAAUCAAGGCAUGGUCGUCACGGGAGUCCGUUUUGUCAAGCGAAACCGAGUGAUCCAAAUGGACAUUGAACAAGCUCAAGCCUUACCCGAAGGAGCGGUUAAUGAAACCACCAAGGGCUGGAAAUUGGCUCCAAGUCUAGAUAUAUCCAAAGCAACUCCAGAAGAGAUGUUCACCAUGAGUUACAAGUCCAGAGAUAUUGAUUUGGACCUCCUUGAGGUUCCCAAACAUUCUAUGGUAACUGGAAUUCGAUUCAGGGAUUUGGGUGGCCAUAUCAAUAUGGAGAUUCAAGCUACCCCCAUUGAGUUCCUCACUGGCAAUCUUAAAGAGGAACAAUCGGUUUGGAUUGGCAAUGAUAACACUCGGGCUUCGUCAAACCCUCGAAAAUGUCAACAUAUAAUACAACCAGAUGUUCCCACCAGAAACCGCAUCUCCAGGAUCAUGGCCGACAACAACCAGUUUGUCAGAUUCGACACUUCCGAUGUGCAAAAAGAUGCAAUGCAAAUGACCAUCCCGUACAUCGAUGCCCAACCAGUCACUACUAAUCCAGGUAGCUGGCUCUCCGGAUUGGGCCUGUAUUACAAAGGUAGAAACGGCUACGGUGGUUUCGUGGGACCUAUGAUCCAAACUUUUGACUUCAGUGGGCAUUUAUUGCCCAAAGAGAGCAAAACCACAGGAUUUGACAUGCAGCCCAUGAAAAGUUGGCGGUACGUUCGUGUUUUGUCCCGCCAACGACGAAAGGCCUGAAUUCUGAUAUUGCAACGGAAAAACACGUUGUUAUAUGACUUGCGUUAAAUACUUGUCAUAUGAUUUGCGUUAGAUACACGUUAUGAUAACACUGCGGAGGAAAGUUUAUUGAAAUACAUAUGAGUUGUUUGAA